UAAGCACAUAUGAAUUGGAAAUUCCGAACUGGAACGUCUCGGUGGUGGCUGUCCAUGCUCAUUGUCAGACUCGAAAAUCAGGAAAGGAGCAAUAAAAUUAAUGAAAACGACGUGUACGUGUUAAUAUCUGUGGGCAGGACGGACGAGUUCAAGGGCUCAGUCACGAUGACACAACGAAUCAAUCCGCAAACGAACGUCUUGGAGCUUCAGAACGUGAACGGUGACCGAAAGGUUAUAAUAGGAGGAGACGAUGCCGACACCGGUGACUCGGGGAUCUGCGGUACGAUUCUUACCGGCCUCUCUUGGGUUCUUGUUUUCUGCACGCUUCCCUUUUCUCUGUUUGUAUGCUUUAAGGUUGUUCAGGAAUACGAACGGGCUGUGAUAUUCCGGCUAGGGAGGCUGAUGUCAGGAGGCGCUAAAGGACCAGGCAUAUUCUUUAUAUUACCGUGCAUUGAUAACUAUGCACGGGUUGAUCUCCGAACAAGGACGUACGACGUGCCUCCACAGGAGGUUUUAACGAAAGACAGUGUAACGGUCUCGGUGGACGCAGUCGUGUAUUACAGGGUGUCGAACGCGACAGUUUCCGUCGCCAACGUCGCCAACGCACACCAUUCGACGAGGCUGUUGGCCCAGACGACCCUGAGGAACGUGCUCGGAACCAGGCCUCUUCAUGAGAUCCUCAGCGACCGUGAAGCCAUCUCCAACACAAUGCAGAACUCAUUGGACGAAGCAACAGAUAGCUGGGGCAUUAAGGUUGAACGAGUUGAAAUAAAAGACGUGAGGCUUCCAGUACAACUACAGAGAGCGAUGGCUGCAGAAGCUGAAGCUGCACGAGAGGCACGAGCUAAGGUAAUUGCUGCUGAAGGUGAACAGAAGGCUUCGAGGGCAUUGAGAGAAGCUUCAGAAGUUAUUGGAGACUCACCAGCUGCACUACAACUAAGAUACUUACAGACGUUGAACACGAUAUCUGCUGAGAAAAAUUCAACCAUCGUUUUCCCAUUACCGAUUGACAUGCUUACAUAUUUUAUGAAGGCGAAGGAAGUGAUUAGAGGCAAUUCAUUAUUUGACAAGAUUCCAAACCUGCAAUAAUAAUAACAAUAUAUUAUAUAGUCUGACUAUCUACUGUUCUAGUUUUGUACCAAGUUUGAUGAAAAAUAUAACAAAUUACAAAUACAAGCUUUGAGAAUGCAGGCAAACAAGUGGGUUAAAGCUUUAACGUUACAUUAUUUCAUAAGCCAAGUGUGAUAUUCAUAGAUCUAAUAUGAAUAUGUACAUAUAAGAUAUGAAUUUUGAUGUUACUUUAUAGCUGCCUAAGCCUGGUAAUAAUUAUAUUUAAUUAAUUUUACUCUCAUUUUUUGUCAUUGUAGUGCAUACAAAUUUAUAUACACUUAGGUGCAAAAAAAUGGAACUCCUUAGUUAUUUAAGAAAUCAGUCUAAUAACUUUUUUUUUUCAUUUAUCAUUCCUGAGGUAUAGAACCAUUAUUUUGACAUAUUCAAUAAUGUAAAAAUGUUAGAAAAAAAUGUGAAACAUGAAAAAGUGACAUUUUCUGUGUAUGAUUUAAUGAAAUUUAACUCUUGUAUACACAAAUUAAAAAACAAAAACAAAAUCAAUAUAUUUCCUCCUCUGGUGCAGACAGCCUGCAAAUGCUGUGCCAUGUCCAUGAUGUGGCGUCGAAUAUCUUCUUGCCUUAUUCAACCCACUCUUCAAGAAAGGCACGUCUUAACUGAUUGAGAGUAUCUGGAGCGGUGACCCUAGCUUUAACUCGGUUUCUUACCAUGACCCAGAUGUGUUUGGUUUGAUCUAAGAAUCGAGCUGGCCACUCCAUUCUACUAUUCCCCUGGUUUUACAAGAACUGUACUUGUACACGAGCUCUGUACGGUCUUGCAUAAAUUCAAAGUUUUCUCCGAAAAUUGGACGAUUCCUACAUAUGAAAUGCCAGAAUCUCAUGCAAGUAAUGCUGCUCAUUCAAUGACAAUGAGCUAGGUACAUACUAUAGAUACGGCUCCCUGAACCAUUAUCAUUCACCCUGGAAGGAGACUUUAGAGGAAAAAUGGCAAUGGGCAAAUCUCUCUUCUGGCCAUCUCCACUUUUUCCUGCCUGUCUAGUGACUGAAGGCAGAAACAGGACUUAUCUGAGAAAGGACACUUCUUCAUUGUUUUUCUGUCCGAUAUGGUGUCCAUAAGCAAACUCAAGUCGUGCUGUUUGGUGCUGUGUGAGAACUUCAGGACCGCUGGCAGGUCUUCCUGAGCUCAAACAACCUCAUACAGUCCUGGACUCCAUGAACCUUGCGAAAGAGUUGGGUUGAUCUUAAUGUAGUUUGAAAGCGGUUUAUUCCCAGUACUAUGAAACGAUCUCAAGCCUUGUUUGGUAUUCUCCCCUGCCUGAACUGGGCCUUAUGCUGUAACUCCCUGUCUCCUUAUAGCAUAUAUACUAGGUUAUAUAACCUAAGUACCAUAGUUUGGCUACAUUGUAACAUACCCAUAAUGUACCAGUAACUUUUGCCUUCUUCCAACAGCACCACCACUUGGGCAUACUGCUCAGGGGUAAAUUCAUUGUAACGUUUAGAAAAUGUCUGCGACAGUAUUUUUCUUGCAAAGAAAGCAAUAAACAAAGAGUCAAGCCAUGUUUACAUGUCAAAUGUUAACAGUUCUCUAUGGGAGAUCAUAAUUAUAAGUUCAUUGUCUCAUUUCUCUCUUUAACCCUCAUAACAAAACACAAACAAAUAAUAAAUAAUAGUGAUAAAUAAAUAAAAAAUAAGAAGUUUAUAUCAAGUUAUUAGACCAAUAUCUCAAAAAACCAAAAUGUAUUGUUUUCUUUUUAUCCACCUGAGUGUAUUUAAACAUAUAAUAUAAUACAGUUGACUUGAUAAUUCGACCAUAAAAUAAUUUGAAUUAUAGAGGAAAGAAAAAAAAAUUGUUAAUAGUUGAUAUGUAUUUUUCUAAGUUAUUACUUAUAUUGUACAUAUAUAAAACAUAAUAAAAAUAAUGAAAAAGCGGAAUGAUCAACUGUAAAAGUGAACAUUGCAAGCAUUAUUAAAAAAUCAUGAGUGGUUUUUGUUUCAAUGUGGCCUGGCAUUCUUUGUUUAAAUGAUUUUCCUAAGUGACCAGAGCUGAGAACAUAUUGACAAAACACCGACCACAGAACAUACAAACUAGAGAAAAUUCGAAGAAACUUUAGGCUGAAGGGAAUUUUAUGACAUUUAGAAGAAUAUAUUGUAACAAAGAAAAAGAGCAAAUUUUAAAGUCAGGAAGUGGCUCCAUUUCGAUUAAUAGCAUGUUUUUAAUCUCCCUCUGUUACAAAAAAUAUUUUGUAUUAACGAGUGUAUCAAUUUUUUUUUUCAAUUUAUCAAAGCGACCUGCUGAGGAGUUCGUAUUAUCAAGAAAUUCGAAUUGACAAUUUCAAAAUAACAAGAGUCGACUGUAGAUUGAAAUUGGUCAAAAUCUAAAUGUAUUAACUUGUAAUCACAUACAGAUAUUUGUAAUAAAUAAAGUCAAUCUAUUGAUUUAUUAUUAAUCUAC